GAACCUGACGGGCGUCAGGACCCAGAGGAGAGCUGCGGCGGGAGGCUGGUCAGCAUCAUGGCGGACCAAAACAAGACGGACUCAGGAGCGAGCUUUUACAGUGAAAUACUGAGUCCGUCGGAGCUGUUUGCAGCCCGGUCCAGGAGUCACAAGAUCCCGGUCAGAGGACAGAAGGACUUCUUUCCCAAUGACUCAGAGGAACAAAGACGGCAGCUUGAGCAGAGUCUGAAUGAGCACUGGAGCCUCAUAUCAGAGGAGAGAGUGGAGAGGCUAGGAAACCUGGUGAGGGCCACAUGGAUUCCAGGUGACCAGGUUGUGGAGCUUCAGUCUCCAGCUGGGAAGUUUUGGCAGACGAUGGGCUUUUCUGCCAAUGGCAAACAGAUUCUCCUCCCUGAAGAGGCUCUGUACCUGAUGGAGUGUGGAAACUUGCAGGUGUUUUAUGAGGACUUGCCACUGUCCAUUCAGGACGGUUAUGAGAGAUUUCUGUCCUCAAACACAGUCAGCCUCCAGCAGUAUCAGGUGUUCGGGCAUUUGAAGAGGCUUGGCUAUGUGGUGCACAGGUUUGAUCCCAGUUCAGAGCCAUCGGCCUACGCGAGGCAGCUGAACCUGCUUCCAUCACGUGACAGAUCAGGGAGACAACUGAAGAGGAAACGCAGCACCAGCCCCACCCCCACCCUCACCCCAGCAUCCAGUCGCACUGAAGCACAAGAAGAAUCCACCACUGAGAGAAUGGAGGAGGAUAAAGGCAGCCAUCAAGAGGAGGAGGACAAAAAACCUGCCGAGCCGCCCCUCGCAUCGACUCCAGAGGUGCAGACGGCCUCCACAAGUACAGCAGAUGAAGGCGGAGGCAGGACGUGGUGGAUGACGGACGUUCUCGAGGACUCAGGCAGAGGGUCGAGUGAAAUGCCCACCUCUGGCUCCUCCCGCUGGGACUUCAGCUCCAUCCCGUUUCCUGACCUGGGCUCCAGGGAGCCCCUCUCCAGCUGCCUGGCCUCUCCAGACUCUUCUCUGCUGCCAGGGGCAUUGGCCGUGGGAGCCUGCGACAUCGCCCCCUGGAGGCAGCGAAUAAACCUGAAGAAGGUAAAGAUGUCGGCAAAGGAGCAAAGGAGAGAAGAAGACAAGAGCAGGCGGCGGUGGAAUGUCAACAGAGACAAAGCGGUUCAGCGGUGCAGAAACUGGGCAGAGUAUCAGGAGCUCCUGGCGAGGCGGCAGGAGAGACGCACAGGCCGACCAGCACACCUGUGGAACAGAGAGGUCACUCCUUUACACGACCCAAGACAACCGGUCCCCACCGAGGAACUGCUGGAAAAGAUCCGUGUGAGCAAAUCUACAGAUUUGCUCGAGGGGGCGUCCAGGUUAAAAGGGUCGGACGAGUGGAGGAUUCAUUUCAAUGUUUACCAACCCGACACGGUGGCUGACUUUAAGAAGAGCAACCCGGGGAAACCUUACUCCCGCAUGUGUGUGUGCAGUUUCGACGGACCCGUGCCCGACCUGCGAGCUAUCAAGCUGCUGGCCGUCCAGAGUGGAGACGUCCCAGUGGUGUUCGCUGUGGUGGACCACGGAGACAUCUCCUUCUACACCUUCAAAGACUUCCAGCUGCCCACUGACGUGUACCCCUGAGACACCACUGCUCUCUGACCAUCACUGUAAAACAUUUACCGACACACAUCCAGGACUUUUAAAUAAACCUGCACCUGUUGGACUGAUUGUAGAUGUAAAAGUUCUCCUGUGUGUGUGAUUUGCGGCGCGUGGGUAUUUUUAGUGUUUUGUUCCCCAGGUUGGAUCUGUGGGACGGGUAUGGGCAUGCAUUAUGGUCUGCGACUGUGUUUUUUUCUAAGCUCCCAGUAGGUGAUGAGUUGGGAAUUUGUAAAUUCUAUAAUGAAACAGUGGAACAGUUUUUUUUAUGUGGGUUUUUCCUUUAUCUUCGGGACCAACAGACCAACAGAGUGACUUUUCUGCAACAACAACAGAAGACUGAGUACUUGUUGUACUUGUUGCUACAGCAGCUACAGUACACAGCAAAACUAAGUACACACCUGGACAAUGUCAUUAAAAUGUUAAGUUCAUUUAAUACAGUUUGUUUUUAGCCAAAGAACAAAACAGAAAUGUUCGACUAAUUAAACUGUAAUGAAAA